AUGAGCAGCAACACUGCUCAGACCGCUGCGGCUCUUGCCAACGGCAACCACCUCAAGCAGAAGCGCGCCCGCUCACAGCUCUCAUGUACGCCAUGUAGGACAGGCAAGCUGAAAUGUAAUCGCGAGAAACCGUACUGUGAUCAGUGCCUCAAGCGGAACAGGGAGGCCCAGUGUAUCUUUGUGCCUCCACCGGUGAAGAACAAGCCGGUGCAGAAUGUAAAGGGUCGCAUACGGCAGCUGGAGGAUUUGGUGGUGGACCUCAUGAACCAAAACCGGACAGCACAGCACGCACAACGUCAGAAAGAUCGAAGCAAGGAGAAUGAGAGUGAAGAAAGGCAGCAGCGGCAGAAGGAGGACGACAGCGAAGCUGCCGUGCUCUUUGGCUCCAUGCGCAUCAGCAAGAACGAGAUCAGCUAUGUUGGCGAGUCGCAUUGGGGUGCUAUACUGAAUAGUAUAUCCGAUUUGAAGCGCGAGCUCGAAGAUGACGACGAAGAAGAGCUUGAGACUACAGGCCCACAGAACCCCCUCGGUCAUAGUGAUACAAAUGCGAGCGCUGUACCUGACAAGAAGAUAACAGAUAGGCUGUUGAGCCUGUGGUUCAACUCGCCGGAUCCGUUUAAGCCCAUCAUUCAUGCGCCGACAUUCCAAGAAGAGUAUAAGCGCUUCUGGCGAAACCCACAAGAUACGCCUCCAAUGUGGCUGGGCUUGCUCUUCGCCAUACUGAGCCUGGCGACCUCGUUCGCUCUGCGCGAUACCGAUCCUGCUAGCGAACAGGCGCAGAAGGUGUUGGGUGAGGUCAACAAGUACCACUCGCUCUCGGCUUCUGCAGCAGUCAUGGCGGACUUCAGCAAACCCAAAGAGUACACGCUGGAAUGCUUGAUCAUAUACGCAGCCGGCCUUAGGAGCAACAAUGCAUUUGUCAAUGUAUGGCUCAUGAUCGGACUUAUCAUCCGUUUAGCAUUACGGACGGGCUGUCACCGCGACUCGAAGCAUUACCCGAGCAUCACGCCGUUUCAGGGCGAGAUGCGUCGGCGCAUUUGGGCGGUUAUUAGUAUGAUAGAUGUUCUCAUCUCGUUCCAGCUUGGCCUACCAAGCAUGGUCCGGACCCUACAGAGCGAUGCGCAGCCGCCGCGUAACCUGCUUGACCGAGACUUCAAUCCUCGUACGCAGGUUAUGCCGCCAGGGCGCUCUAUCGGUGAGCUCACGCCUUCGUCAUACACACGGGCAAAGCUUCGAAUCGUUAGAAUCUUCGGCGAUGCAGCAGAGGCCAGCCACGCCACCGUGCCACCGUCGGAAGAAGAAAUGGCGCAGCUGGAUCGCGGACUGGAGGAGGCAAAGCAGGCUGUGCCGCCAUUACUUCAGAUGCCUGACAUCACAGAGGUGGUCACAGACCCUGCCGAGCAGCUCAUGUGUCGCUUCAACCUAGACCUUCUGUACCUCAAGACGAAGCUCGUGUUACAUCGGCGGUAUAUGCUCACUCCGCUCUCUCAACUCUCGCUUGAGGAGCAGGUGAGAGGUAUAGGCAACAGCAGAAAGAUCUGCAUUGAUUGUGCUCUGCGUGUGCUGCAACAUCAUCAUACGAUCUACUCUGCGUCUCAACCUGGAGGGCAACUAGAGAGUGUGAAAUGGUACAUGGGCUCAAUAAGCACCCAUGAUUUCCUUCUCGCCGCGAUGGUCAUUUGCCUGGAGCUUUCACAGCAG